AUGGAUCUCUUCUAUAAAUCGAUAAUUUUGGUAAUGAUGAGUCUAUCUAGUAUUAAUCAGGUAAUAUCACGAGGGUUUAAUGAAAAAAUAUCAUAUUAUUUAGACACAUCAACAUCAGCCCAAAACUUGACUUGCUAAACUCUUUCAACAUUUUAUCGAUCUUCAACUACUGGCUCACCAAGAGUUAUGUAAUUCAAAAUCAAUACAAAUUAUGGUUACACAAAGUUGUUCUAUACAUUUGAGUUAUACGCUCUAACAUUGCCAAUAUCAAAUAUAUAGUUUAAGGAAAGUGGAAUAACUGUUUAUACGUUACCAAGUGAAGUACAUUGUAUUUCAAUUAAUUUUUGCUCUUAAACAGGUUGUGUUUUUUAUAUUGAAUUUACUUCUGACACAUAGAUGAAUGAAUAAUAAGCAACUCUUUUUAUUACUUCAAAUAGUGCAAAUACAUUUUGGAUUAAAAAUUUAAAUAUUUAUGGAGAGAGAUGCUAAGAAUUUUGUAAAAAAUGUAUUGAUAAUUAAAAGUGUUAAGAAUGCAUGCCUGAUUUUGAAUUUAAUUCUAUGGGAAAUUGUGUUUGUAAAUAAUAAUUUCUUACAUAUUUCUAAGGAUAAUGCGUAACUUAAUGUCCUAUUAAUCAUAUUUUUAAUGGUACUACAUGCUUGGAAUAUACUCAAUUAAUAAAUUUACUUUAUGAUGAUACAGCAUCUAAAUUUACAAUGAUACCUGACUAUAAUACAACUUAAAGAUUAGGUAAGAUUAGUAAAACUACUUUAGAAGGAAAAAAAGUAGCAGGACCCUUUAUUUAAAAUGAAGCUGUAGAAUAUGAGAUUAAUUUACCAUCAGGAACAACUUUUAAUAUUUUAAUGUAAGCAGAUAUUUAUCUUUUAAAUUUUCCAUAAAUAAGUAAGAUUCUUUUUCUUUCUAUUAAAUAUAAUAAUAAUUUGAUUGGUUAAAUUUUAAUAGUCUUAGAUAAUAAUCUAAAUAAUUUAAAAGUUAUAGGAGCUUUUAAAUAAAAAUAAUGUAAUAUAAUUGGAUUUACUUCAUGUUUAAAGUUUACUAUAGGAUACAAUAUAGAAAAUAUUACAGAUCUUUCAUUAUUAUAAUUAUAUAUAAACUUACCUUUAGAAAUAUAAGGAAUUUCAUGGGCAAUUUCUAAAAUUUAAGUUAAUGGAAUAACAGUUCCUUCAAUCAAUUGUCCAUUAAAAAAAUUUAAGAAUGAAUGUUAUGAUGAAUGUCCAAUAAUUUCAAGAACUUCUGGUAAUGAAUGUAUUAGCAUAUAAACAGAUUAUAAAUUUUCCAAUUUUUUAAGCAUUUCAUAUUCAGAUCCAUUACCAUUAAAAUAAAGUAUAGAUAACAACAAUUUGUGUUAGAAAAUUUUUGGAGUUAAUUUUUCUAGUUGUGUUUUUUAUUAAAAACGGUAUCUUAUGGGAGGUUAUAGAAUUUGGUAAAACUAGUAAAUAAAAUUAGUAAUUAAUACAAAUUAACCACAUUAUAAAGUGAAAUUAUUUUUUAAAGCAAUAUUAAUAGACCCUGUGGAUCUUAAUUAAAGUUUAAUAAUAACAAUAGAUGAAAUAAUAUUUACUUUGAAUAAAAAUUCUCCAAAUUCAUAUUGUUUUAGUAGUGUAGUCACAGGUAGUUGCAUAAUUUAGGAAGAUCUUGGAGAAACAAAUGCUGAUUAUUUAAUUAAUUUUGAAUAAGAAUUUGAUCAUUCAAAAACUUAAAUAGAAAUAUUGUUCAAUUGUAACAUAAAAUAAACCAGUAGUACCUAUUGUGCAUUAUAUGAUUUUAUAAUUCUUUAAGCAAAUUGCCCUGAAAAUUGUUAAUCAUGUUAAUCAGAUUCAAUUUGUUUAUAGAAUGAUUAAAUUCUUCCAGUUUUUUAUGAUUGCCCAAGUGAAGGUUAUUAUUUUUCUGAUGGAUCAUGUGUAUAAUGUUAACAUUAUUGUAAAACCUGUAUAGAUUAAAACUCUUGUAUUAUUUGCAAAGAUUCCUAUUAUUAAUAUGGAAACUUAUGCAUUUGUAAAAUUAAUUAAGUUUUGGCUAAUUUGACAAGCUGUACAAAUGAUUAUUGUCAUCCAUCUUGUUCAAAAUGUUAGCAUCCAAUAAAUCAAAAUUUACUUGAAAAAGCUUCUUAUAUGAUUUAAUUAUGUUCUUUUUGUGACAAAAAUGAGCAUAAAGUAUAUAAUAAUAAUAUAUGUGAAUGUUUUUUAGGAUAUUACAUGGAAAAAUUUAAUUAUCCAAAUACUUGCUAAAUAUGUAGUCAAACAUGUAAAACUUGUUCUGAUGCAAUAACUUGUUAAACCUGUUAUCCUGAAUAAAAUAGAAUAUAUUAAGAUUAUUAAUGUUAAUGCAAAGAAGGUUAUUUUGAAACUGGAUUAGAUGCAAGUUGUAUAAAAUGUAUAACUCUAUGCAAAUCUUGUUUAUAUAAAGAGGAAUAUUGUACUAAUUGCUAUCCUGAAUAAUAUAGAAUAUUAUCAAAAGAAAAUAACUGUAUAUGUCAAAAUGGAUAUUAUGACAAUAAGACAGAUGUAUGUUUAAGUAAUAAUAAUAAUUAAUUUAGAAUGUAAUGACAACUGUAAUAGUUGUACCAAUUAUUCCAUAUGUACAUCAUGCAAUGAAUUUAAUUUUAGAAGAUUAGAUCUGCAGAAUUAAAAAUGUAUAUGUUAAUUAGGUUAUUAUGAUAAUAAUGAAAUAACUUGUUUGCCAUGUUAUUAUGCAUGCAGCAAAUGUAAUAAUUCAAAUUUACCGUCUUAAUGCACUCUUUGUCCUAAAACAAGAUAGAAAUAAGCAAAUAAUCUUGAUACUUUUGAAUGCAAAUGUAGAAAAGGAUAUUUUGAUGAUGGAUAUUUAGAAUGUUUACCUUGUACUAAUUUAAUUAAUCCUCCUAUUACACAUUAUUGUUAUUCUUAUUGUGGAGAUCUUAUUGUUUAAUGGAAUGAAGAAUGUGAUGAUGGUAAUUUAGAUUAACGGGAUGGAUGCAAUCAAUGUUUUCUUUCAAAUAAUAAUUGCAUUAAUAAUAUUUGUUUAAAUUGUUAAUUUAAUUAAUGUAUUUAAUGUAUUGAUGGAUAUUAUUUAAAUAAUGAUUAUUCAUGUAUUUAAUGCUCACAUGAAUGUCAAACAUGUGUAUCACGAUAAAAUAAUUGUACAUCAUGUAAAUUUAAUAAUUCAAAUACUAACAAAUGUCUUAUUUGUAUUUAAGAUUAAGGAUUUUUCUAAAUUGAUAAUUAAUGUUUUAGUAUCUGUGGAGAUGGAAUUUUAACAUUCUAAGAAUUAUGUGAUGAUGGGAAUCAAUUGAAUGGGGAUGGUUGUGAUUAAUAUUGUAAAAUAGAAGAUGGUUAUUUUUGUAAUAAUUAAUGCCAAAAAAUUAAUUAUCUAUAAAUAUUACUAAAAGAAUAUUAAUUUUAAACUAUUUAUGAUUCCAAAAGAAUUGUUUAAUUAAAAUUUAAUUAAGACGUUAAAAUCGCAGUUAAUAGUUCAAUAUCAAAUUUUGUCCAAGUUAUUUCAACUACUCCUGAUCUCAACUUGACUCUCAUCAACAUUACUGAUAAUUCACAAAUCAAAAAUGAUUAUAUUAAUAUUGCUUUAGAUUUAAAUAUUUAGUUAGAUUCAUCUGCAUAAUCUCCAUCAAUUUAAGUUACAAUUUAAAAUUAUAAAUAAAUUACUAAUUAUUAAGGUUAUUCCUUUAAUAUUAAUACUGCAACUUUAUAAUUAAUUGAUUUUAUUCAAUAAGAUGACUUAGUAAUUUAAAAUGCCCAAAAUUUAACAUAAAUUAGUUCCUACUUCCUUUAUAUAUUACUAGGAUUAGCAAUCUUAGCUAUUAUUUUUGGAGGUUUAGAAAUAUUUUGGAAUCUCUUAGAUACAUUAUAACUAAUUUGUUAUUUAAAGUAUUUUAAUAUAACUUAUCCUUACAAUCUUUAAUAUUAUUUUACAUCUUUUGGAUUUGCUGAAUUUGAUUUUAUUAAAUCUUAUUUUGAUUUUCAAUAAAUAAUUAGUCAAUAUGUAGAUACUCCCUAAACUGAUCCAAAAUUUAAUUAAGAAGGAUACUCUACAGUUUUUCUUGUUAAUAUCAUUUCUGUCAUUAUUGUAUUUUUAACAACUACUCUCACUUUUAUUAGUAUUAGAAUAAUUUUAUAUUUUCUUCAUAAAAUUACAAAAGAUUUUACUGAGGACAUUAUUUUAAAGGAGACAGAAAAAAUAAAUAUUUUUAUUUUUCUUUUUUAUAAAUUUACAAAUAACUGUUCAAAAUAUUUCUUACAAAUUAUUAAUGAAUUUAAAAGUGCUUUAAUAAGGACUUUUAUGGCUUCUACAUACGAUUUUAAUUUAGCGAUUUUUUUGUAAUUUAAGGAUUUAAACUUUAAAAAUCCUAUUUUAAAAUUAAGUAGUAUAUGUGCAAUUAUUGCCUUUUUUUUAGAAAUCUAUUUUCUAUUUAAUUGUUUUUCAUUAAUGAAUAAAGGUGUACCUACAUACAAACUACAAUAAACUAAAUAAAAUUAUGGAUCACUUUUUGAAGGAUUAAAAUUGGGUAAAAAUUCUUUCAAUUCUUAUUUCAAUAUAUUAAUAGUAAUAAAGAAGUGUUUUUUUAUGGCAUUAUUAGUUUUUUUAUAUAACUUUCCUGUUUUACAAAUAAGCUUUGUUUCAUUGUUAAAUUUAUUGUAAGCUUUAUUUUUAUUUUUUAAACGACCCUUAGAAGAUUAAAAUGAAUUUAUCAAAUAAAUAACUUGCGAAAUUAUUUUAUGGUUGACAGAAAUUUUAAUUUUGGUAUUUAGCUUUAAUGAGUAAAGUUAAAUUUUGAAUUCUACAUAAAUAAUAAAUAUUGGAUGGGCAAUAAUAGGAUUUUUAUCUUUAAUAAUUUUUGCAUAAUUAAUCAUUGAUUGUAGGUAACAUUUUUUAUUUCUUGAUCAAAAAUAUCAAUUAUUAAAACAUUUAAAGGUAUGGUAUCAAUAUUAUUUUUAAAAUGAUGAUAACUAAUCUUCUUUAAAUACAGAGAAUAGUUAAUUUUCUAUCAUAUUUCAUUAAAAGCCAAAAUAAUUACAAAAAAUUGAAAAAUCCAAAGCUUAAAACAUUGUAAACCAAAGAAGAAUUUUUUCUUUCAAAUUAAAUUGA